AUGUCGAAGCUAUCUGCACCGCUGAAAGCUCUUAUCAAUGCGCCCUUUGCGCGUCCUGGACCUCGUCCUGCGCCGCAACAGGUCCAGGAGCUGUACGAGGCCAUCGCAAAUGAUGCUGCUAUCAGGAACCUCGGCCCAAAGUCUUGGUUGACAGUUUCGGCCGCUGCUACAUUUACACUCAACUCUCCCGACUCUCUUCCCGUCCUCCACCGCGUCGCGUCGUCCAAAGAUCCCGGUUCCGCUGUCCAGAAUGCCGAGUUUAUCCGCGAGGUUGGACUCAAAUGCAUCAGCUUCAACGGCAUCCCUCGAACUAUCAACUCCCUCAAUGCAUUCCAUGCCUCCCUUCCCGAAGACGUCACAUCCAAGCUUAGCACCAAGGCGAGCCGACAACCGACAUCACAAAACAUAGACGAGGCAUUGGCCCGCGGCCAGGGUCUCUGGGAUUCCAUCUACAGACCAUUUGAAGACAAGCUCUUCGAGAAGCUUGCGCUUGCACAUCCCGACCUCCCUGUUUAUAUCCAUAGCAGCCAUUACUCCGCUCUUCUAUCCGAUCCUCCCGCCUCUGAGCGCGAUACGCUUGCGAACCUGGGAAGAAUCCAUACUUCCAUGAUUGCCAUCUCUUGUCUACGGGCGCAAACCGGUGUUGGUCCCCAGGUGCUGUCGCAUGUGUUUGGUCUGCGCAAGGCACUCGAGGAUGGAACAUAUAAAAACGACGAGAAUGGCGAAACUGAAGAGUCUGUCAAGUACUUGGCCAGCGAUGAGGGUGGUCACUGGCUUUUGAACACGGUGGACAAGAUUGUGGAAGCAAUUGGUGGAAGCAGCUUUGCGCCAAACAGAGAGUCCAAGCUGUGA